AUGUCUCAGAACGGGAACAAGGCCCAUAAUGGCCGCAAGCGCGUCCUCGUUGUCGGUGCUGGCGCUGCUGGCAUGUCGACAGCGCACCACCUGUCCCAACACCCAGACAAGUUCGACGUGACGCUCAUCGACGCCGUCGACUACUGCGGCGGGCAGGCCUUUUCCAUCCCGCUGGACAAGGACCGCUACGGCGCCUCGUGGUUCAACCAGGGCGUGCAGGGUGGCUCCUUCAUUUUCCACCACACCGUGACCAUGUUCCAGCGCCAGGGCUUCCACGCCGACCCGGUGAACCUGCAUGUCUCGUUCGGCAAGGACGACACUUUCUGGACAAACGUGUUCCCAACGCAGCUGCUGGUGCGCCACCAUAGCGAGGUGCGCCGCCUGGCCGCCGUGUUGAAGCUCAUGCGCUGGUUCGAAGUCUUCUUCGCGCUCCUGCCGCUCAGGAUCGUCUUCCGCCUGUUCAUGUUCUCCGAGGAGUUCACCAACACCGUCGCGCUGCCCAUGACGGCGCUGUUUUUAGGGACCGGCAACGCGACGCCUGACGUGCCCGCCAUCAUGUUCGAGCGCCUGUGUACCUCGCCGACUUACGGCAUGUGGUACGCGCCCGACAAGAACACCGUCGUCAGCAACCAGCCGUCCAUGAUCGUGUUCCCGAACUUCUCCGAGUUCUACGAGACCUGGCGCAAGGACCUCGUCUCGCGCGGCGUCACUGUGCGCCUGUCCACCGAGCUGACCGAGAUCGUGCAGCGCAACAACCGCGGCGUCGUCGUCAAGCUCCGGCCGCGCACCCCGGCACCCGACGGCCACAACCCCGACGGUGCCGACGAGGACGUGCCGGCAGGCGAAGAGAGCUACGACGAGAUCGUGCUGUGCUGCCUCGCGGACACGGCCAAGAAAGUGCUCGGCCGCACCGCGACGUGGAAAGAGAAGAAAGUCCUCGGGUCCGCCAAGUUCAGCGACGAUAUCACCAUCACGCACAACGACGCCGACUACAUGAAGAAGCACUACGAGAACUUCUACCGCGAGGACCUAGCCGUGUCACGCGUCAACGGCGCGGACCAGACCUCGAGGCUCAAUUACGCCUCUUCAAACUUCCGGCCCAUGUACUACAUCAAGAUGUACGAGCGCGACCGCUCCAAGCUCGAGAUGUCAUUCGAUACGACCAACUACCAGUCCCAGUUUCCCGAGCGCGUGCCCUUCGAGCAGCACGUCUUCCAGACCAUCUACCUCAACAAGGCCCGCGACGGCGCGCUGUGGACCGACGGCGAGAUCCGCGAGGACAAGAUCAUCCGCAAGGACUGGUGGCACCAGCUGUGCCACAGCUACACGCACUACCUGUUCGUCAUCCCCUGGAUGAUGUUCCUGCAGGCCAAGAACCACACGCGCUUCGCCGCGUCCUGGACCCUGGUCAACGCCCACGAGGUCGCCGUCAUGUCCGGCAUCGCCGCCGCCGUCGACCUCGGCGCCGAGUACCCGGAGGACCUCGAGAACGACAAGUUCGCAUUACUUUGCUUCCGGCUUUAUUAUUUGCUUGCGUACGGCAAGUGGUACAGGCGCAGGCACACCAAGAAGCAGCGCGAGCCGACGUCCCAGGCGGCGAAGGAGGGCAGCAGUUGGGCUACUGGGCUGUAUGGGAGUGUCUAUAAGGGCCCUGGCGUUUCUACUACCGAGAGGCAGACGUGGAGGGAGGAGGUGAAGAAGGGGACUAGCACUGGUAAUCUGGCUGAAGGGAAUGCGCCUGGGAGAAGUCAGCCGUGA